AUGUCGACUCGACCUGAGAAGCCAGCCACCCACGCGGUGUUCUUCCCAUUCCCGGCGCAGGGCCACGUCACGCCGGCACUGCACCUGGCCAAGCUCCUCCACGUCCGUGGCGGCGUCCGCGUCACCUUCGUCCACUCCGACCGCAACCGCCGUCGCCGCCGCCUGCUCCGCACACGAGGCCCCGCCGCGCUGGCCGGCGCCCCGGGCUUUGGCUUCGCCUCCAUCCCGGACGGCCUUCCGCCGCCCUGUGGUGAAGACGAUGGCGACUCCCCGCAGGUCAUGGUCAGCCUGCUUGCGUCACUCGACACCUUUGUCCCGCACCUCAAGAAACUGCUCGACGACCUGUCUGCCUCCGGAGCACCGGCAACAUGCGUCGUCUCCGACAUCGAUCCCGUCCUGCGCGCCGCCGCGGACGUGGGUGUUCGGGCGGUGGCCUUCUGGACGACGAGCGCCUGCGGGCUCCUGGCGUCCCUGCAGUGCCAGCAACUCAUCGACAAGGGCAUAAUUCCCCUCAAAGAUGAAGAGCAGCUGCGCGAUGUCUACCUGGACAGCACGGUCAUCGACCCGGUGCCGGGGCUGCCGGCAGACAUGCGCCUGCGCGACAUGGCAAGCUUCGUCCGGACAACGGACCCCGAUGACCCCGUGCUCCGCAUCGUCCUUGCACACAUGCAGGCUCUACCGACGGCCGCGACCGCCGUCGUCCUCAACACGUUCGGCGAGCUGGAGGGCGAGGUCGUCGCCGCCAUGUCGGCCGUCCUUCCACCCAUCUAUGCCGUCGGCCCGCUCCCGCUGCUCACGGAAGCCGAUUCCGGCCCACUGGAGACGCUGAGCGCCAACCUCACCAAGGAGGACGACGGGUGCCUGGCUUGGCUCGGGAGCAAGGAACCCCGGUCCGUGGUGUAUGCCAACUUCGGGAGCAUAGUCGUGCUGACGAGCCAGCAGAUCGAGGAGUUCGCGUGGGGGUUGGCCAACAGCGGCUACCACUUUCUGAUGGUGCUCAGGGGCGCCAUGCAGACGACCACGACGCUAGCGCCGGAGUUUGUCGAGGCGACCAAGGACCGGGGCUAUGUGACGAGCUGGUGCCCUCAGCGGGAGGUGCUCCGGCAUCAGGCCAUCGGCGUGUUCCUGACGCACUGUGGGUGGAACUCCAUGCUCGAGGGCAUCUGCUCCGGGGUGCCCAUGCUGUGCUGGCCCUUUGGUGCGGACCAGCAUACCAACCGCCGAUUCGCCUGCACGGAAUGGCGCGUUGGCGUCGAGAUCGGCAGCGACGUCAAGAGAGGGGAGGUGGAGACGCUAGUAAGAGAUGUCAUGGGAGGGGAGAAAGAAAGGAAGAUGAGAGGACAAGCUGCCCAAUGGGAGGAGAGAGCAUCUGCGGCUUCAGAGCCAGGUGGGCCCUCUUGGGUCAACUUUGAUAGGUUGCUCAAUGAGGUUUUCCAUGCUUGA